AUGGCGACGUCUCUGCCGUUUACUCUCCCCUUCCUCUCUCUCCUCCUCCUCUUCCUCGUGCUCGCCGCGUCUUCCGCCGCGGUUAACGGGGAGGAGUACGAGUCCAACUUCUGUGACCGUUACGUGCGCUACCUCGGGCUGACCUGCCGCGAGUAUCAGGUUACGACAGUUGACGGCUACAUCCUCAACUUCCAGCGGAUCCUUAACGCAACUGCUUAUAACGCAUCCAUCUCAGCAGCAGCAGCAGCAGCAGCAGCAACUGCAGCAACAAGAGCAGCAACCGCUCCCACCACCAACACCCCCACCACUGCCACCACUCGUUCCUCCUCUUCUCCCUCCUCCUCCUUCUCCACUCCCUACCCUGUGCUUUUAGACCACGGGCUUAUACUGGGGGGCGAGCUCUGGUUCGGCCUCUCUAAUGUCACAGUUGACCCUAUUGCGUACAAGAGGCUGCCUAUGAUUCUGGCCAACAGGGGUAUGGACGUGUGGGUGGUUAACCACCGCUGCACCGAGUACUCCCCCCGGCACGUCACCUACACGACGCAGCAAUGGCAAUACUGGGACUGGGACUUCGACCAGCUGGUUCAGUUCGACCUGCCUGCCGUGCUGCGAGUCAUCACCACCGUAACCGCCUCCCCCAAAGUGCACCUCGUGGGGUACAACCAGACAAUCUCCCAUGUAUUGCGCCACAACCCCACCCCUUCUCACUCCCACCCUUCCACCCGCCCCCCUCUCCUCUCCCAUCAGGGCGGCAUGCUCCCCUUCGCCCUCGCAUCCACCUACCCUGAAUACACCCGCCAGACUGUCGCCUCUGUCGCUGCCGUUGCUCCCAUCGCCUACCUCGUCAACAUCACCUCCCCUGUGCUGGACGCCUGGGCCAACAACUGGAGCCCGGAUAUCUUCUUCUAUCAGAACCAUUUGCUCAACGGAGCUUACAACCUCACAGCAACGGAGGUUCUCGUCUCGACGCUUCGCCGCGUGGGCUUUAACUUCUAUACCGUUUUCACUCCGUCGGGGAAUGUACAGGACAUUCUCAGUAAUGUCACAGGCCCUAUCUGCUGCAUGGAUCCCAACGCCCCGCCCCUUGCCCUCAACCCCCAGUGGGUGGCCACUUCCUAUCGGGCACUGAUUCACUACCAGCAAGAGAUUCGCGAUCGGCAGUUCCAGCUGUGGGACUUCCUGUCAGCAGAGGCCAACACCGCCAACUACGGCUCAUCCACCCCCCCUCUGUACUAUCCGAGCCGCCUGCCGACCAACAUUCCGGUCCUGAUCAUCUCCGGAAGCAACGAUUGGUUCGCCGAUCCUCCCAAUGUGGCUCGGCUCAAGUCGCAGCUCGGCACGAGCCGGUGGUUGGAGCAUGUGGAGGUGCCUAUGUACUCGCACUUUGACCUGAUCUACGGCGAAAAUGUGCAUAACGAUGUGUUCGCGAAGGUUGCUAAUUUUCUAGAGCCUGCUGGAAAGUAG